CCGAUUAUAUCAACGGAUACAGCUGCUCACACAUAUCGUGUACGCUUUCAUCCCAGCCGAUCGGAACGAGCCCGCUCUGAAAUUCUUGCAAGUACGCGCUCUGGCAGGCCAGACUGUGUCGCUAAUACAUCGCACUGUACGUUAUAGCUGCGCGCAUCCUCAAGGAAGCCAAGAAAGCGCAGUUACCGGCUUCGUUCAUACGCUGCACUCGCUCUCGCGGCCUGAAAAGAAGAUCACGUAUACAGGAAGCUGCGAAUAAUCGAUCAUGCUAGUUGGUUCGAGCUAAAUCGCGCUGUAGCGCAAACGCACCGGGUGCGUCACACUUUCCAUGGCAUAUGUAUAUAGCUGGGCUAAAUAUCGAGAGGCCAACAUCUAUAGAGGCCCCUGGCUGCCUGUGAAGGCGCCACGGACCCGAGCGCAAGUCGGCCUGCCGCCUGCGCCCCAGCGCCGCGCUGUCCCAGGCCUUCAUCGCCGCGGGCGCCGCCGCCAGCCUGGCAGCCAACCUGCUGCGCCACCGCCCGCUGCACUCGUCCCAUCCGGCAUCGCGCACUGUUGCGGCCGCAUCGCUGCUGCCUGGCACUGGCGGUGAGGCGGCGAGCAUCGACGUUAGUUGGCCACGGGCCUUAUGGCAGCCGGCCAGCAGCAGAUAGAGGGCGUAGGUCGUGGUCUGCCGAACUGGCUUGUUCAGGAGCUGAUGCGGGUGGGUGCUAUUUGUUUGGAUGUAUGGCGGCGAGGCCGGGCGCUGGUGGCCCAUCCGGCGUAUGGCGCGCACUCAUAUUGGGCUCAUGAUGGCGAGCGGGGUGAAUUGGGAGGCGUGCAGUCAGAGGCUGUGCUGAAAGAUGGAAGCCUGACAGGUGAAGGCUUGGUACAGAGGACGCUGAGAGGACCGCUGUCCGUGCUGGCAGGGAAGUGGUACUGUUGUCUGCGUUUGAGUCGCGGGCUUGCUCACUACCUGUAAUGCUUUUGGGGG